GUCCAUGUGGUCUGCUUGAUUUGAUUUAUUAUUUGUUUUGUUUGCUUUUCCUAUGAAGGCGCAUUUUACGAUGCGAAGUGAUGAAUUAAAUCCGGCUUUUUGGAAAUACGGUGAUAACGUUUAAUGAUACGAUAUAAUAUCAUUUUAAAGAUCUGAAAAAGUUAAAACUACAGACUUUUCCUACAAUGCCGGCUUUAAUUUGUUUCGCCCUAGUUUUCAGUCUGUUAAUUGGAAUCAAGGGUGCAAUUUCAAUCAAUGGAUGCAAUCCACUAUAUUGUUUACAGACUUUCGAUUCACUUUUUAUCAAUGAUCAAAACACUUCCUGUUUUAAAGCUAAGAAACUUCUUGAGUGUGCAAGCAAGUGUACUUCAGGGAAAUUUUUAAGUAACGGACUAGAAUCUUUAAAAAAUAGUUUGUGCUCCGAGUUAUAUAUUGAUGAUUCCACAAAUGUUAAUAAGUGCAUAUUCAAACAGAGAUUUGCCAUUUUAUCUUGCAUGUACUCCUAUUCUAAUUUAGAGGCAGAAGAUCCCCUAACAGAUGUAGGCCGAUUAAACUGCAGGAAAAGUUUGGAUGUGGGUUCCUGUAGUAAACUGAAUGCGCCGUGUACAGCACGUGCAUCUCAUGUUUCAGAAAUUAUCCUGCAUAAUUUACUCAACUCUUUUCUGGAUGAAUGCCACGAUUUUGACACCAUGGACAUUGCAUACAUAGCAGUAAAACCUCUUAGUGAUUAUACAUUACUUGCAAAUUGCAUGGAUGAAAACAGUCAAGCAUUUACACAGUGUCUUUCGAAAUGGUUGAACUUCAAAAAUGAUUCAUGCAGAUCUAUGAAGUUUUUUGUGAAUUGUAUGCAAGAGUUUGUUCACAACAAAUGUAGCAGUCAGGAAAACAUUUUUGUCCAGUUAAGUCAAAUGCUCCUGUCAAAUAUUCAUUUUUUCUCUUANUCCACGGUACUUGAAAAACCUUGA